UAAAUAGUCCUUUGUUUACAUGCAGUCCCCCGUCUGUGCGGAAGGAGGCUUUUGGAAGUGCAGUGUGUGACUUCUACCAGCUGUUUCCCGCCUUGAAAGCCAUCCGAUCAGCUGCACACACACACACACACACCAUGCAGAGAAAGCGAAGGGGAGGGAGAGAGAGAGAGAGAAGGAGAGAGAGAGGUAGCGCACCACACACAACGAGGGAACCCCAUCAGCUGGAAAUCGAGUAACAUUACAACUCUCAGCUGCUUCAAACUACUACAUUACACUUACGAAGGGUAUACAUCUUUAUUUCGGAUUUCACCCGCGUCUGAUCACGGGACAUUUGCUCCACAACGUCAUCAAUUUGGCUUUUUAUUCCACGAGGACUGUUGGCUGUUUUUAAGGGGGGAACAAACUGGCGAGAGAGAGGCGAGCAUGGAGUAUUUCAUGGUACCAGCUCAGAAGGUGCCCUCCUUGCAACAUUUCAGGAAAACGGAGAAAGAAGUGAUUGGAGGUCUCUGUAGUUUGGCCAACAUUCCUCUCACACCAGAAACAGCUCGGGACCAAGAGAGACGAAUUCGCAGAGAGAUUGCUAACAGCAACGAGCGCCGGCGUAUGCAGAGCAUCAACGCAGGAUUCCAGUCAUUAAAGACUCUAAUCCCACACAGCGAUGGAGAGAAACUCAGCAAGGCUGCUAUUCUGCAACAGACAUCGGACUAUAUUUUUACAUUGGAGCAGGAGAAGACGCGGCUACUGCAGCAGAACAACCAGCUCAAACGAAUUAUACAGGAGUUAAGCGGCUCCUCCCCGAAGAGGAGGCGUGCAGAAGAGAAAGAUGAAGGCAUUGGCUCUCCAGACAUCCUGGAGGAGGAGAAGACUGAGGACUUGAGGAGGGAGAUGAUCGAGCUGCGACAACAGCUGGAAAAGGAGAGGUCUGUCAGGAUGAUCCUAGAAGAACAGAUGCGUACCCUAGACGCACAGCUGUAUCCAGAGAAACUAAAGGCCAUCGCCAUGCAUGUGCAGGAACAUCAGGCCCAAACACAGAACGUUGCUCGGCUACAGCAGCAUAAGCAGCUGGAGAGGGACCUUACUCCAGCCCACAGCCCACAGGUGGCAUCUCCAGCUACCCCUCCUGCCCCCACACAUCAUGCUACAGUCAUUGUCCCAGCUCCGGCUCAACCCCAUCAUGUUACUGUGGUCACCAUGGGCCCUACAUCUGUUAUCAACACAGUGUCCACAUCUCGACAGAACCUGGACACCAUUGUUCAAGCAAUCCAGCACAUUGAGGGCACCCAGGGAAAGGGCUGUGUUGGUGAGGAAGAGCAGCGAAGGGCAGUCAUUGUCUCUUCAGGUCGAGUACCGUCCGACGCAGCGGCCUCAGACACCGCCUCAAAUAGCGAUGGGCCAGAUGACUGUUCACUACCCUGAAUUCAUCUCUCGGUUUUCACAUGCUGUACACUUACAUACACGAAAAGAAUUUGCCCCGACAGACCGUGGUCAUGUGAGACCCAUAGCAACCUACCUGAGUGGACUUUAACAGGGCUGCUAGACAAAUUCAAGCACUCACCUUUGGUUUUUCUUACUGCUUUUUAAUACACACUCCUUGUAUGUCGUACCGUGAUAGAUAACCCAGGAUCAACGUAGACUCACUCACACACUCGCUCGCUCACUCAUUCAGUCUCUUCUUUCUUUUCUCUGCUCAUCUCCGGCUCUCUGCUGUCACAUAUCUGUUUAAUCAAUCAGUAGAAAGGUUAUUAGCAACCGCUGCACUCAUUGACCUGUACAUGCUGUCACACAAUACUAGGAUUUCUUUUUACUCUUAAACAGCUACAUUUUGCUGCGACAUCUGGGACAGACUGCGAAACGCAACAAUAGAGCAUACACAUGAAGAUCAUCUCCAGUUAUCAGAGAUGUGUGUGAAGACUUUGUCGGCUCACAGAGAUUCUCAUGAACCUUUAAAGCUUCUACAUGGAAGCUGAGGGUUUUCUUUUUUUUGUUUUUUGUUUCCAAACUUGUGUGAAUUCAUUUUCUCGAGCUUCUCCCACAGCCAGCAGUUUAAAGUGAUUGUACUGGAAACAAACAAACUAACACACACAUAAAAACUGCAUUGACAGGAAUUCAAAAGCUGUUGUUGAUGCUGAUAGAAAAGGAAAUGAAGCACGAGGGAAGAGUGUGCACUUAGGUCUCAUGACGGUCUUCUGUCUUUGUUUGUUACCAGUUUUACCAGGCUGGGUUCCUGGUAAAACCACAUGUAUUCACAUGUAUAUUCGGCAAGUUGUACUUUUUAUUCAUGGCCUGACAAAGACAGUGCUUUGACAUUUCUUGACACCUGCCCUUCUUGAUUUAAAAGCACCUGGCUUGUUUAAUAAGCUAAUCUGUGGGCACUCUAGAGCGACGUCUCUCUGGUCGGUGUGUCUGUGUUCCCACCUCUCUCUCUCUCUCUCUCUCUCUCUCUCUCUCUCUUUGGAGUUUUGAAUCAGCAGGAGCAUUUAGCGGUUCUCCAGGUUCUGGUAAUCUGAACUGCACCCCUUCUGCCUUGGCGUCUAACUAGUUGCGUAUGUGUAACACAUACAAGUAUGACUGACAUACAAUCACGUUUGCUAAACCUUCAGGGCCGCUGUUAUCCAGUUCUGAACAGAGAAGUUCUCGUCAGGGUUUGGAGGUGUGUCGAAGCAGCAAAUAUGGAGGAGAAAAAAAAAAGAAAUUGCCCAGUGAAAUUUUCUGAAUGUGUUCUGGAGCUGACGUUUCUUUUUGUCUUUUCGUCUCGUGUUCUAAUCUCAUUUAAUAUUUUGGUUUUCUGUUUUUGUUCGGCAAAUCAAUUGACGUCAGUAACUUGCUCAAAGAUGGAGCAGAUCACGAGUGUCAGGAGGAGACUCAAAGGGUGUGUGUGUGUGUGUGUGUGUUGUGUAAGACCUAACAAUCAAGUUGCAUUGGUAAAGCGAAAACUGAGGCUCUUACUCAUCAUCACAUUGUGUGUUUUAAGUACCUUAAAAGAGUUUAAGGUCCAAUUCCCAAGUGUCUUCUCUUUAAGUGAAUGUCUGUGAAUUUUUAAUAAGAGACACGUUUGGACUGUGGAGCAACGUCACAGCACCUGUGAAUAUUCAAACACAUGCAGAGCAAAGAAAGACCCAGCUCUUAAUCCAACAUCAAAAUCAAGUAAAACCUAAUUACUGUGGAGAGAAACUGCCUUAAUUGUUGUCUGCUCCAUUUAUCUCCUGAUGUCCUGAAGUAAUCAACCGUAAACUCUCCAGGUCCUUAUUCUGGAAUAACGUGUGAAUUAUCCUCAUUUUCCUUUAGAUUCCAUUCAUACAGAGAUGGUUCUUUGACCAGUUCAUCCUCCACAGCCGUGUUCACCAGCUGUACCAUGCAGCUGAGCAGCUGCAUUUGUGACUUAGUUACAGCGCACACACACAGAGUCGGUGUGAGUUCAGUCCUGACGUCUGAGAUUAUCCAGGUCGUUUGAUGAACUCCCUGAACUCCCCCUCCUUUCUUGUUUUUUCCUGACCUGGAAACUCAAGGUGUGCUAACACAUCCUUUAUGUCUUUUUUAGGAUUUUGUUGCUACAUUUUAUUUUUUAACUUCAUUAAAUGAACUGGUUGCUGGUUAGGAUUCACAGCUGCAUGCUCCACCUCCCAAGUAUUCAUUCAUUCUGAUGUCUGGUUGCAUUGCAUUUGAAUUUGCAGCUGUGUCCACUGUUGUCACAUGUCUGUGGGUUCAUGAAAAAAAAACAAAACUCCAUGAGGAAUUAUUGACAUUCCAUAAAAUUGUAUUCUAUGUUUUCCUAAUGGUUUAUUUUUCAUGUUUAGAUAUUAGUCAUCCUCAUAGCUUCUGAUGCAGUUUUUUUUUUAAAUGACACAGAUUCAUUGACUGAAAAGAGAGAAAUUACUGGACAGAUGGUGUGUUCAAGGCAACACACCACAUCUCUUGUCACUUACAUCAUGAAAUUGCCCUUUAAAAAGAGAUGGAUGUCAGCACUGGAAUGACUGAUGCGUCUGUUGUGUCAAAUCAAGGGAUAUUAGUCCCAGUACUUAUCAUUGGAGAGGAAGGUUUCCUGGAAAAUCCUCGUUUCCAGGUUCGGCUUUUCUUCUCCCACUAUCUUCUGUCUCUUCAAACUUCUGUCUCUUCAAACUGUGUUUUGCACUCAGUUUCUGUGUCUUAGGAAAUGCUCCAUGGACAUAUUAGAUGGUCAGAUGAGCUGGUCGGGCCCUGCGAUCAUUGAAUGGUGUCAUGAUUACAAAGCACUUACUGUAAUUUAGUGAGAGUCUGCCUCUUUGUUUGAUAAAAGCGGCGUCUUCUCGGCUAAAGCUCUUGAGGUUGUGAGUAAAAAAAAAAGAGGAAAAAACGCACAGCUGUGUUCCGCUGUCUCCCUCCAUGUCACGUCCUUUUAUAUCUCGUCCCUUUCCCCUUAAAAGGUGUUUUUAUCGUCUUUGUUGCUUUUUUAUGCAGUCUUUGUUCAUCUGUCAGUAUCUCCCUCCUCUUCCUCUCUGUUUGUUCUUCGUAUGAUCCACCUGUCGAUGCGUUUGGUCAUCAAGAAGCUUCUUCUUUUUUUUUUCUUUUUUUUUUUUAAGAAAUGUUUUUGGGGUUAAGAGGCUUGUGCCUUUGUAAAGACAGAAUAAUAAAGUUUGUACUUGUUUUUUACA